CCUCUCCCCCUCCUCUGCUCUCUCUCUCUCUCUCUCUCCCCCCUCCGCCAUUGUCGUUCCUGUGCGUAUUUGACUCAUCAUCUCUCUUCUCCUCUGUACUAUCCCACACUUCAAUCUCUCUCCCCCUCUCUCUCUCUCUGCCUUUCAUAUCUUUGAAGUAUCUUUGAUCCAUCUCGUCGACUCUGAGCUUCUCGUGUCCGUUCUGUUAAUAAAUCAGAUAGAAGCAGCAAGAAGUAGCCCCCUCCUCUCUCUCUCUCUCUCCCUCCCAACUUUCUUUAACUCCAACUAGGAAUCUCAUCUCAUCCCCAACCCCCAGAAAAUAAAAAAAAUUCGUACUUUCUGAGACAAGACAGAGACACCCAACAUCAAAUUUAAUCCGUCCCCCCCCCCCCCCCCCCCCCCCCCCCCCCCCCCCCCAAGCCGAAAAAAAAGCGCCCACCGUCCCGACCCAACUGUUGUCUCAGUUGGGUUCAUGUCUAUUUAGGUAUUCGGGAAUGCUUCGCUGAGUAUCUGCCUUGUGUUUCUUUCUGUCCCCCUACGUUGUCUUCUGGAUUACUGCUCGGAUCUACGCAUCCUCUGCUUCAGGCGCCAUGGCCGGUAGUAAUGAAGUCAACGUCAAUGAAUCAAAGAGAGUUGUUCCUUUAAACACGUGGGUCCUCAUCUCCAACUUCAAGCUGGCUUACAACAUUCUCCGGCGGCCGGACGGGACAUUCAACCGGGACCUCGCCGAGUUCCUCGACCGGAAAGUCACAGCGAAUACGAUUCCCGUCGACGGGGUCCUGUCCUUCGACCACGUGGACCGGGCCACUGGCCUCCUGAACCGGGUCUACCUUCCGGCCCCUGAGGCCGUCGCCGAGGGCCGGGUGCAGUGGGGGUUCGACGAGCUCGAGAAGCCCCUCAGCUCCACUGAGGUUGUCCCCGUGAUCAUCUUCUUCCAUGGUGGGAGCUUCACCCACUCCUCCGCCAACAGCGCCAUCUACGACACCCUCUGCCGCCGCCUAGUCAACAUCUGCAGGGUCGCAGUGGUGUCCGUCAAUUACCGCCGGUCGCCUGAGCACCGGUACCCCUGCGCAUAUGAUGAUGGGUGGGCUGCCGUUAAAUGGGUCAAGUCACGGACUUGGCUUCGGAGUGGGAAGGGGAAGGACUCGAUGGUCCAUGUCUACUUGGCUGGCGAUAGCUCGGGUGGGAAUAUCUGCCACCACGUGGCGGUCCGGGCAGCUGAGGCGGAGGUCGAGGUGCUAGGCAACAUCCUACUCCAGCCCAUGUUUGGUGGGCAGGAGAGGACAGAAUCCGAGAGUAGACUCGACGGGAAGUACUUUGUCACGAUCCGGGACCGGGACUGGUACUGGCGGGCCUACCUCCCAGAAGGGGAGGAUAGGGACCAUCCCGCCUGCAAUCCAUUCGGGCCCCGGGGAAAGAGCCUGGACGGGCUCAAGUUCCCAAAGAGCCUCGUGGUAGUCCCGGGGCUGGACCUCGUCCAAGACUGGCAACUGGCCUAUGUCGAAGGGCUGAGGAAGUCCGGUCAGGAAGUGAAGCUGCUCUACCUGAAGGAGGCGACGAUCGGGUUCUACUUCUUGCCGAACAACAAUCACUUCUACACCCUAAUGGAGGAGAUCAAGAGCUUUGUCAAUCCUUCCCAAUGUUAACUGUCAAUAAAGAAGACCCUACCCUCUCUUUACUUCUCCAUUAACCAUAUACAUGACACAAGCUUGAUGACCAAAAUCUCAUCACAGGGUUGAAUUUUCCUCUCUUUUUUAUCCUCCUCCUUCUGGUGGAAUUGUGUAGGUAUAAAUAUAUGUGUAGCAUUUUACUUUGGGGAUUGCUCGACUACCCAUUCUCCAUGGCGGUAUGAGAGUUCCAUUGGGUCGGUGUCUCGAAGGCGGAUCGGCUCUCCUUCUGGGAACCGAACAGUAGGAGAAAAAAGAACUAACUUCUUGGGGGAUGAUUUGAUUGAUCUUGUUCUCAGUAGGUGAAUUGUUAGUAGAAGCAUUAAUUUCAGGAUCAAUUGGAGUGGGGGGGGCCUACAUUACUUGCCCACCAAGCAUGUUGUGAACCUGUUGUAAUUCAUACAUUGUGUACUUAGAAGAGUAAAUCCAUAUGAAAGAUUUUUGUUUGCAUUCUCA